UUAAUAAAACUAUGUUUUUAGCAAUAGUUUUGACUAUUUUUUGUACUAUUAUAGCGAUAUUUUAUGCGCAACGAAGGCGCCGGAUGUCUGUCUUGGAAAGACAUGGCAUUCCGGGACCCAAACCGCACCUUAUAUUUGGUAAUAUGAAUGACUAUAACACCUUAGGUUAUAACGAGUGCUACGAACGAUGGAAACAACAGUACGGCCGAGUGUUUGGCUAUUAUUUGGGGGCAAAACCUUUUGUGGUGAUCACUGAUCCAGAAUUACUCAAAAUCAUUCAAAUCAAACAAUUUCAUCACUUUUCUCACAGACCUUACAUUAUUCCCGGAGGUAUUUAUCGAAACUGGAGAUACCAUCAAAUGGUGACACGUGUGGAGUCGUUUAGGUGGAAGAAAAUGCGUACAAUUCUUAGUCCGUGGUUUAGUUCAUCGCAACUCAAAUCAAUUGUACCCACAAUUAACAUAUGCAUCGAUCAGAUGAUGGCAAAAGUCGAUGAAAUGGUUAAAAAUAAUGUCGAUUUUAAUAUCUAUGAGACACUAGAAGGUCUAACUAUGGAUACCAUUGAUAGGACAGCUUUCAGUAUACAGACAGACAUACAGAGCAACUUUGAUGACAAUCCGCUGAUUGAGGCCACACGGGGUGUCUUCUCUAUAAAACCGAGUCAACUGUUGGCCUCACUAUUGCUAUGUUUUCCUGAAUUUUCGUUAUUUAUCAAUAUUUUGCGCGAUUUGACUGAAAGGUUAGACAGUUAUUUUGGUACAUCCAGUCAUGGAUUGCUUUUAAAAGCCGGUCAGACUAUACUUGACAACAGAUUAAAAGUCGCUAAUAAUGAUAAACACAACGGCAUUACAAAUACUGGGUAUACUAAAGAUAUGCUUCAAUUGUUGGUCGACUCUCGUAAUAAUAGUGUCGUCAGCGAUAGCCCGGUAGCUAAUAAUAAAACAUUAACCGACAUAGAAAUAGUUGCCAACAUUAUUGUCGUACACGAGGCGGCCUACGAAAGUCCGGCCAAUAUAUUAGCAUUUAUUAUACAUAAUCUCAUUACUUAUCCAGAAAUACAAAACAAAUGUUUCGAUGAAAUCCAAGAAUUAUUUGCAAAAGAAGGAAACUUUGGUUAUAAUGUGAUGACUGGUCUACCGCUAACCGAAGCUAUCGUUUGCGAGACUUUUCGUCUCUAUCCUACAGAUACACUGUUUACAAGUCGAUCGCCGGACAAAGACUAUCGGUACGGCAAAUAUAUUUUACCCAAAGGCGUGGACAUACGUAUACCAACAUUUCAGUUGCAUCGGGACCGGGAAUUAUGGUCAGACGCUCUGGAGUUUAAUCCGAAUCGGUUUCUUGACAAAGAAUCCAAAAUAGAUCCUAUUAUUUAUCAACCAUUUGGUGUCGGACCGCGAAUAUGUCCGGGAAAACGGUUUGGUUUUUUGGAAAUCAAACUAGUAUUAGCCAAUAUACUCCAUCGGUAUCAUCUGGUGCCGGGACCCAGAACCGAAAUGGGUCAAAUUGAACUCGACUUUAAGCUAAUUACAUUAUCACCUAAAAAUGAUUUAACAAAUUCAUCUUAA